AGCACUUGAGGAAUGAGAACCGCGUUCGUCGAGGAUGUCCCGGGGACUGGGCCUGGAUUGUGCCUCCUAUGUCUGGGUCUCUGACUCCAGUUUUCCAUCAGGAGAUGGCCUUGUAUUAUUUGAGACCAUCUUACGAAUAUCAGACUCCUGCUUGGCGCCUCCACAAGUGGAAAAAUGCCGAAGCAAAACCGCCAGGGAAAAGCUUCAAGGAUAUCGUUAGGGCGACGGUGUUUUCGUCUGCUCUGUUUUUACCAGCUUUACAAGCAAGGACUGUGGCAACGGUUUUGUAUGCGACUGAAACUGGGAAAUCCGAAAAAUUCGCCUCUAUCCUCCGGGAUUUGUUUUCGCAUACUUUCAACGCUCGUAUGGCGAGAAUGGACGAGUACACAAUGAUGGACCUUCGCUCUGAAUCUCUGGUUCUCGUCGUCGUUUCAACUUUUGGCAACGGAGAUCCUCCUGAAAACGGAGAAACUUUUGCCAAGGAGCUUCACGGAAUGAAACUAAGUGAUGGUGAAUUGGGCGACAAGGAGGUUGUGAGUAAGUACAUUCCAACUGCUCUGGUCAAACGGAUGCUGAGCAACGAAAAUCGGAAACCGACGAAUUCGUCCAAGGCUGAAAAUGAAGCAAUGGAUUCAGGCGGACCUCUGAACAACCUGAAAUUUGCAGUUUUUGGACUCGGUUCCAGCGCUUAUCCAAGUUUCGCUGCGUUUGGAAAAUUUGUGAACUCCUACUUGCAAGAUUUGGGAGGAGAAAGAUUGCAUGAAAUUGGCCUCGGGGAUGAAUUGCGCGGUCAAGAGCAAAGUUUCAAAAGCUGGGCGAAAAGCGUUUACCACGCUGCCAACAGAGACUUCUGCAUCGAAAAUUCAGCUGGUUCGGAAGCCGCGGAUUCUUUGGAAGCAGACUCUGAAAACGCCUCUGAUCCCAAUAAGCUCAAAUUUCAAUUGGUCAAGGCUGAGGACGAACUCUACAAAAGCCUGGCGAAGCAGAACGGGAAAAAAGUUUUCCCUUGUGAGGUCCUAGAAGUCAAGCCUCUCUACGAAUCCGGAACUGACGAUGGAACCUUGUUAGUCCGUCUAGGAACAGCUCUUGCAGAAAACUAUUCCGUGGAGAUCAAAUUCGAACCCGGCGAUCACCUUGCUUUAUAUCCCGAGAACAAAUCUUCCAUCGUCGAAGGUGUCCAAAAAAGAUUGGCAGAUUGCCCUGAACCCGAAAAGCCAGUUCAGCUGAUGACGCUACGAGAGAAAACGGACGGAAAAAAUCGAAAUGAAGAACCUAAAACGUGGGAACCAAUCCCAGAACUUCCACAAGCAUCAAUCAAAACACUCCUGACUCGUUACAAGGACAUUACAACUCCGCCAACUCCAGAUUUCCUUGCGAUGUUGGCAAAUUUGCAGAAAAUGGCGAGGAAAAGACUCGCUUGGAAACGCUGGCAAAGGAUGCAAAGGAAUACGAGGAUUGGCGAAACUGGAAAUACCAGACAUUGUCGGAGGUGUUGGAAGAAUUCCCUUCUGUGAAACCCCCGGCUUCCUUGGUUAUCAAACUAUUGCCAAAUUUGCAACCGAGAUUUUACUCCAUUUCUUCGUCUCAAGCAGUUCAUCCUAAAGAAAUACACCUCACUGUCGGGAUCGUGAUUUACAAAACACAAGGUGGCGAAGGACCGAAGCAUUUUGGAGUCUGUUCCACUUAUUUGCAAAAUGCUCCCCGAGGCGAAACAAUCCCAGCUUUCAUCCGAUAUGCCCCAACUUUUAGAAUGCCAGCUGAUCCAGAGAAACCCGUUAUAAUGGUCGGUGCUGGAACUGGAAUUGCGCCGUUCCGGAGCUUCUGGCAACAAAGACAAGCUGAAAUCAACACUUCAAGAGCUGAUCAGAGAUUUGGAUCGAUGGCGUUAUAUUUCGGCUGUCGUUUCAAAGCGUGGGAUGUUUAUGACGACGAGAAAACAGUGUUAACGAACAGUGGUGUGCUAGCGGAGCGACAUCUAGGUCUUUCUCGAGAACCUGGUAUCCCAAAG